CGAGCGGGGCGCGGUCGCCGUCAGUCGUCACGGAGUGGAGCUGGUGCUUGUCAUCCGGCCGCCAUUAUCUCAUACAAUUUCAUAAAAUCAAUUAAAGUUUUCGCUGUCUUUACGCGUUCGAGUGUCGUGUGUAUUACGGAUUCGUGAAAGUUGCGAGGUUCAGACCAUCCACACAAGUGUUCUGUUUCGGGCUGCAACAGUGAUCAGUGAUACGGUUAGGUUACUGUGUUGAGUGGUAACGUCGUGUAGGGUGGCUCCGGUUACUGUUAGGCCGGGGCGCAGGACGCGGCCGGAGCGUAUGCAGAGGGAGCGGUGAGAGCGCGCCCGGCUCGGGAGUCGGGGCGGACGGCGGCGAGGGCACGGGGACAGCUGCCGACAUGGGGUGCACUCAGUCGGCCGAAGAGCGCGCAGCGGCUGCCCGAAGCCGACAGAUCGAGAGGAACUUGAAAGAGGAUGGCAUCCAGGCGUCGAAGGAUAUAAAGUUAUUGCUGCUAGGUGCCGGCGAGUCGGGGAAGAGUACGAUAGUUAAACAAAUGAAAAUUAUCCACGAAAGUGGCUUCACAAAUGAAGACUUCAAACAGUAUCGGCCUGUGGUGUACAGCAACACGAUUCAGUCCCUGGUGGCGAUCCUGCGCGCCAUGCCUAACUUGGGUAUCACAUAUGGAAACAAAGAUCGCGAGAGCGACGGUAAAAUGGUGUUCGACGUAAUCCAACGGAUGGAGGAUACGGAACCAUUCAGUGAGGAGUUGCUUGCGGCGAUGAAGAGGCUGUGGGCGGACGCGGGCGUGCAAGAGUGCUUCGGCCGUUCCAACGAGUACCAGCUCAACGACUCUGCUAAAUAUUUCCUGGACGAUCUCGACCGGUUAGGUGCCAGAGAUUACCAGCCCACCGAGCAAGAUAUUUUAAGAACUAGAGUCAAAACCACUGGCAUUGUCGAAGUGCACUUCUCCUUCAAAAACCUUAAUUUCAAAUUAUUCGACGUAGGUGGGCAGCGGUCGGAGAGAAAGAAAUGGAUCCACUGUUUCGAAGACGUGACCGCGAUCAUCUUCUGCGUCGCCAUGUCCGAGUACGACCAAGUGUUGCACGAGGACGAGACAACGAACCGUAUGCAGGAGAGUCUGAAGCUGUUUGACUCCAUCUGCAACAACAAAUGGUUCACGGACACCAGCAUCAUCCUGUUCCUCAACAAGAAGGAUCUGUUUGAGGAGAAGAUACGCAAGUCCCCGCUCACCAUAUGCUUCCCUGAGUACACAGGUGCGCAAGAGUACGGCGAGGCGGCCGCGUAUAUCCAAGCGCAGUUCGAGGCCAAAAACAAAUCCACCACUAAGGAGAUCUACUGCCACAUGACGUGCGCUACCGACACCAACAACAUCCAGUUCGUGUUCGACGCCGUCACCGACGUCAUCAUCGCCAACAACCUGCGCGGCUGCGGCCUCUACUAGACACCCACCCACACCCACCCUACACCCAUACACCCUCGCAGGGUGCGGCGAGGCGGCCGCGUACAGGCAACGAUUCCAACCAAGGAGAACAACUUGUACAGCUGCAGCCUCUAUUACAUACACUUUCACACCCUAGCGUGGUUGCGUCUACACCCAACACAAGCAAGGCUUGUAGGUACUCUAUCUCGCUUACUCAUAGGCAACGGCUUAUAAGUAGAGAUGGGUGAAGUCACUUAGUGAAAUUGUUUUCUUUACAGUGAUUUUACAGGCGAUUUUUCAUGGAAAGUGAUUUUUCAAUCUUUGCACUUACAAUCACGUAUCAUUUGCUUCAUCAAUUUAACUAGAAAUUAUGAUCAAAAUCAAUAGCACUGAUAUUUCACCAGUGGUUUUUUACGGAAAGUGAAUUUUUGUAUUUUUCAUUGUAAGUGUGAAAAUUCGCUUUCCAUGAAACUAGCGAACGAUUAAUUUUUCUGCUUGCUUUUACGCAGCGAUGUGAGUGUUCUCGCUCGCGCGCUCUUAGCUCCGGUCGAUGACCAUGCGUGCGCAAAUUUUAGAGAGUAAAGCAGGCAACUUGUAAGGUGCAAGUGUUACAUAUGAAAAUGCUAUUCACGCUAAAUGAUCCAUGUCUACCAAUAAGUUGUCUGCACCACAACCUACUUCUUACUGUCUCUGUGCCGUUUCUUCAUUGUUGAGGGUCGUCACGCCUUCCCAUUAAUCACGCAAUGGUAGGGGUUUUUUGGGAUAAUGUUAUAUACUAAAGUGACUUAAAGUGUAUGGGAUUGAUCGGCAAAUAAUUUAAUUAUACAGCCUCUGUUAAAAUAUAGAAGGCUCUGGGCUGUUCAUUAACAAUCAGUACUUUUAACUUUGCCAUUAUAAUAGGGUGUAUACACAUCUUUGAAACAAGAUGAUGCUGAGAAAAGAUGAUUCCUUCAAUCUAAUCAAUUUUAAUUACAAUACAUGUUAUGGUUUGUAAGAAGCAACAACGUUAGGGUGUAUUGAAGUAACCAAAAAAGUUCUGAUUUUCACAUCAUUUGUAUGAGAUUAAUAACUGCCGAUUGUUUCAUUCAAUAAUAAUAAUUAAUAAUCUUUAUUAUUAUUGGACUAACUAGUAUUACUUAAUCUAGCCAAUGGUAAAGAAUUUACCAUUGCUUUAAAAGGUUGAUUCAUAAUCAGGCGAUUGUAUAGUUUUUAUAGCAGAAUAUGUUUUUUUUUUAAAUCUUAAUAUUGAAGUAGAUAGACUUGUUUUUGCAGUUUCUCAUUCAAAUGAGUGCAUUGAAAAAUCGUAAUUUUUAUGAUUAUUAUUCAUUAUCCAACAUCCAUUCGUCGAAUUCUUUUACAAUACUUUUUAUACACAAAUUAAAAAAACAGUAGUAAAAUGUUAAUUAAAUAAAUUGUUAUUGAAUUAUAUUGUGGUGUUAUGAAAAGCAAUAUAUCUUUCAACGCGUACUCCACCCGAGUACUGAAAUGUAUCUUAAAAUUUAAGAUAAUCUUAGGCCGCAAUUACAUCUGUAAGUUUUACUCGUGCAAGUAGCUUACAUAAUUAACUUACGACAAACUGACUAAUGUAAACACUCUUAUAAGUACUUUCACCUUAGUUUUUUUGCCAAAUUAUCAUGUAAGUUACUUACGUGAGUAAAACUUACAGCUGAAUUCGCCGCCUUACAUUUAUUUGACAGUACUCGACGGUUACUCUGUACCAUGUAAAUAAAGACGUAUAGUAAAAGAAAUUGACGUACUAAAGAGCUAAUAUUGUCUUAUUAAUUAUGUAAUAACAAUGUCGCCUCCAAACAAAGCGGAACACGAACUCAAUUAACCGUUUUUAUGAGAGGAGUUUCAAUACUAGUUAAUAAUAAAAGGUUGUUUUAUAUGUACAGACAUAAAACCUUGAUUCUUCUGUGUAUACUUGGAAAUAUUUCUGAAAAUGGUGCCCAUUUGAGGCGUGUGAAAUUAGUAUUACGGUUCUGUAUGCAUACACCAAUCUGGGUUUUAAUCCUUAGUCUUUUGAUUUGAUGAAAAACUAUAAAUAUAACAAAGUAAUAAUGUGUGUUGUUGGUUGGAAAUAUGGAGACACUCCACUCCAAUACAAUGGUUUUUCGCCGCAAAUCAUAAUACUUAACCACCCAGAGGUCCAUACUGACAAAAAUGAGCACUUGUGCACAUUAUAAUUUUCGCCAAACAGGAGACGCCCAACUCAAAUUUUUGAUAAUGAAAUAAAAAAAUUCACUCAAUAGAAAUAGAAAGAUCAUUAUUAAAAUAAACUUUUACAAGUGCUUUUGAAUGUCAAUCUAAUCAAUCUAACUUUGGAAUACCUUUUCUACCAAGAAGAACCAGCAAGAAACUAGGGAGAUAUAUCAUCUGCAAUUCUGUACAUAUAAAAUAACCUAAAUAACUCGUUUCUUAGAAUGUAAGUAUUGUCAGUCAUAUUUUGAAGUAAUUCGCUGCAUUUUUAUAAUUUAGCCUCAUUCGCUAUGUUUGGACUCGACGUGAAAUGGUACCAUUGGAUGACUCUUUCAUAUUUAUCAUAGGAUGUAUUUUGGUGGUCGUACAGCAUUUCUUCCCACUCCGCUGCUCUUGUAACAAAUAACAGAAUAUACUCACAACCGCCAUUGAUAUAUGAAACACAAGAUAUGCAGUCUUGAACUUGAGUGAAGAUGUGUCUGAAAACAUUGCGUUAAUAUUAAAGAUUAACACACAUUUCAUGAAAUAUUCAAUUUAAUUUAGAUUUGCAACAAAAUCAUAUUAAUUACAAUUAAACACUUAGGCAGAGAUCUAUAGCGCGUACCUUGAGUCUCAGUUAAAACGAGACAGAUUUAUGUGAGCCAUAUAAAACUCUCGUUUAAACAGUGUCUCAAGUCUGAGCAAAAUCAAAGUUUGCGCUAUAGAUCUCAGCCUUAGUUGGCACUAAGGAACUUGAAUCUUUUUAUAACUACUUUACAAUUUCAAUUUUGAUUUCUGUGGACACAUUUUUUGGUUUUCUAUAUCAACGGCCACAGCAUAUCAAUGUCACUUCUAUGCAGAGUGGUGGGAGCAUUGUAUGUAUUAUAUUUAAUGAGAAGUAAGCUUUUUCGAUAUACCUGUGGGCUUAUUCUGUAAGGUUUUGACGUUUAUCGAUUCACAGUUGCUACUCAGUCGCCACCUGUCCAACCCCCACACAAAUCUGUUGUGUCGCCGGCAGCGAUCGCUUGUCAACAUGAUAGCAGACCCAAAAUUUGACUAUUACAUUGUAAUAAUCGCAAUAAGUCUUAUUGAUUGGCUAAAAUGCAUGUUGCACAAUUGGAGCAAUAAUGCCACCAUAAAAGCCGAUUAUAAAGCUUGCGAUUGUUACAAUAUGAUAAUUACAACUUAGAGCUGACCCUCCUGUCGUAUUGACAGUUUUGUAUUAAAUGACAGGUCGCGACAGUUGCGCGAGGAUCGCUAAAUGUCAAAAUAAAGUUGUAACUUAAAUUAUAAGUCCUCUGAUGUGCAAUCAAGCUUCGGGCGUUCUAUGUUACGUGCUGUAAAACCGGUGUGCAACUAGAUCCAACGGUGUAUCCUCCACUGUAUUAUAAAGCAUAGUUAUUGUACUUUGUAGUUUAAACGUCGCGUCAAAGUUUAUGGCCGGUCUGAAGUUAGUGCGAAACACUGCA